GUCUAGUCCUUUCAGGCUGUUGGCCUGAGGUAGGACUAGAUAGAUUUAAACAGUGGAGUAGGGUGAUGGGUUUUUAGUGAGUGUACGGUUAGAUGGUAGGGUAUUUGUUGAUGUAUUUAUAUUUUCAAAAGAAAAGUAUAAGGGACUUAUACUCCAGUCUAGUAGGUGGCGGUAAUGCAUUUAUUGGACCGCCGUUAAAUCUCAUCGAAGAAGAAGUAGGGUUGUUCCGAGCUAGGCACGAUAUUAUUUCUGCUUCUGCCAGAUAUAGGGAACUGAUUUUGUUUCAGUUUAUAAUAAACAAAGGCUUGAUAAGUAAACACCGUAGAAAUGGCAGAGGCGAUUCAGAAGAAAUUACAAUCGGAGCUUGAAAAAUACCAGCAGAUGCAAAAAGAUGUUAGUAAGAGCAUGUCAGCCAGGCAGAAACUGGAGGCUCAGGUGACAGAGAAUAAUAUAGUCAAAGAGGAGUUGGACUUGUUGGACACCCAGAACACAGUUUACAAGCUUAUAGGUCCAGUUCUGGUGAAGCAAGACUUGGAGGAAGCCAAAGCCACUGUGGCAAAGAGGCUAGAAUACAUAAAUGGGGAGAUUCAAAGAUACGAGACUCUACUAAAGGACAUGGAGAAGAAGUCUGAUCAGCACCGUGAGGUCCUGUCUAGUCUGCAGCAAGAAUACCAGAGGGCUCAGGGCCUGGCUGUGGGCAAGGCCUGACCAGCAGGUGGCAUGGACGCACACACACACACGCACACAUACUGGGAGAAAGAAAAGCACUGAAUCCAGCCGCAGAGCUUUGCUACUCACCCAACAAUAUUGCCAUAAAUCCAAUGACUUAUUGUCCUUUGUACUUAUUGUAUGCAGCUGUGCUGGGUGUUAGUGUGACUUCUGUUGCUGUUAUUAUUAUAAAUAAAUGGUUUUUCUUUA